AUGCACCAGUUAGCACUCUACGGUCAGAUCCGAAAGGAUGACCACCAUCGAAUGCUCCAGCAAUUGGCUGGCUUUACUCGCAUGCAGCCGCAAGAUGUAAGAGAGAUCCAGCUGGUCUUCAAAGCUCGGCAACCACCCGGGCUCGACCUGGUGCAAUCUAUCGGUGCAUCCAACCUGGCCUCUCAGCAACAGCAGGAUCUUCAACGGGUCAAGCACAUGCUCAAUGCUGGGCUAUACUAUGUCCACCUCGUUGGAGAGGUGUUACCCGAGAAGAAAGCUAGACCGACAGAAAACGAAGAUGUGACCAUGACGGAUGCCAACAGUAGUGCUGAGGGCAAAACUUCGACAGUGCGGUGGUCGCUCGAUUUCAAGGAUACUCCUGAGCCUGGAAAGCAACCUGUGAGUUCGAGGAUGGUCUCGAGGACGCCAAUGGAGGAGGGCAACCUCAUUCAAUUUCUGGGCAAUUUUGGCUAUGAGUACGUAUCUCGCUACGUGGUCAUCGGCUCGAGGUUCUAUGAAAAGGACACCACCAUCUUGGUCCACAAGGUCUUGCGCCUACCUGAAGUCGGUCCAGGAAAAGCUGUGUCGGACAAUACGUUCCUCUCCAACAUCGAGGCGCUACCUGAACUGGACAGGUCCGGGAGUUACAUUGUCCAGGCAUCGAUUGAUAUCGUUGAUGGAAACAACCCAGAGCUCAAGGACAGAGCAACCCGACAACUACUGGGAAUUAAAGAAGCGUUGAAGCAAGCUGUUGAUCUUACACCAGGCGAUAGGCUGGCGCUGGAUACGAGGCUUCCCGCGACUUCACGUAGAACUUGA